ACGCGGUUGUUAUGGCGUCGGGUUCAAUUCACAAAGGAGCCAAACUUUUCACCUCCAGUAAGACAAACGUGAAUUUAACUCAGUUUAAACUUUAAAAAAAUGUCCUCCACAGACCGACUGGACGCUUUACGAGAGCGCAACAAAGAUUUACUGAAGCAGCUGAAGCAGCAGAGACAGAAACUGGACCGGAUGAGCGGCUGCAGUCAGGGCCGCAAGAGGGAGAGAGAGGGCGAGGCAGAGGAAAGCAGAGAGGAAAUGGUGACCCGGACCGAUGGAGACCACGGUUCUGCCAGGGCCGCCCUGGCAAAAAAUACCGUUAGAUUUGCGGAUACGUGUGAGAGACAAGCGGGCAUCCGGCGCACUGUUUCCACACCAUCUUUGCCCUCCAAACAUGAAAGAGAAACUACUCAACGAACAGACCCAUCAGACAUUUUCAGAGACAGGGAUGGACAUCCUCCAGUCCAGGACAGGCUACAGGACACGAGGCCACACAGGACCAAGUCCUGUUUAGUAAAUCACAGCAAAGAACAGAGGGAUGUGAAGAGUCGGGUCACGUUUCAGUCUGAUGAACGUGAAGAGGUACCCACCACUGACAGGCAUCAUUUACAGCCCUUACUUGGAUAUGACUGGAUAGCAGGAGUCCUGGAUGCCGAGGACUCCUUGAUAGAGCGCCCUGACGAGUUCUUCAAUGACCUGCACGUGUUUCGAUCGCUCCAUAAAGACGAGUGUGUCCACAGCCCACAAGCAGACUCUCCUCAUAGAUUUUCUGAGGAGAACCGUUCAGGGCUGCCGCUGCUAACAAACGAAGAUGACCCAGAAGCUAACGCGGACACUCAUCAAUGUACAUUCUCUUACAGGAUUAACAGCAGACUGUUCCCGGUCCCGCUUCACGCUCAGGAGACCUGCCCUGUGUGCAAAAGACACAAAUCCUCCCACCCUCACACUCCUGCUGAGCCUGCUCUUAUCAGGGUCAGCAUCCCUCGCUCCACCCUCCUGCCACCUUACAAGUACAAAGCUCAUCGGCGAUGCAGCUUUGACCCCUCUGAUAGCGUGGGGCUACCAUCGUGCUCCACAGUCUCUUUUCAUCCUUGUGGAUCUCUUCACUCUUCUCCAGCACUGUCUCUCAGGCUGGUUGCACACGGGUCAGAGCAUCCUGCCUCCGCCCAGCAGCCUCGAUCUGCAGAGCAGCUUGAAUACGAAGAGCUGCACAGGGUCACAGGACAAGGGACUGGAGGAUCUCUCUGUGCCCAAGGCGUCUGGUAACCACUUCUCCAACCAGAUCUCAAAUGUGUCACUCUUGGCUCGUCACAAUUUCCAGCGCCUCUCUCCCCAAAAAAGACUAGGGAACACAUCUUACCCAGUGUGCUGACAAACCAAAUGUCUAUUUUUAAGUGGUCGCUGUAGUUCCUGUCAGACACUUGACAACACCAAGCAUGAUUUCCCAUUUUCUUAACAUCUUCUUUUGUAAACACUUUAUCAGAAUAAUGCUUCUCUGUCAUAUAUCUGGUAAAUGAGAUGUUUAAUGUUAGGUUGUUUAUUUAUUCAUACAUAAUGUGAUUUAAAGCAUGCUAGUUUAAUAAAAUGUGAUUAAUUUACUUGA